AGGCACGACAGGCAGGCGGCGACGACGAUGAGCUCUGCAGACGCUCAUGGCCGGUGAUGGUGCACUAUGCAGCAGCAGACACCGAACUCCGGCACGACUGCUCCUGUGCUGCGCAAAGUUGUACAUUCCGGCCCCGACAAGCCGGGGAACACUACGCCCAAUCAGCGGCCUCCAUUCGUGACAUCUCGUUCGAGUGCGAACACCAAAGCAAGACCGACUGGCUCCCCGGGAUGGUCAUCUCCGUCUGCGGUGUCGAGCGACGCCGGUGUGGCGCGAGUCGCUCACACCAACGCAAGCGCGCUGAAUAAUGCCCAGCCAAAGGUCAUCAAGGCCAGCCUUUCCCAUGCCAACACAGCGACUAGGCCGCCCUUCUACGGUGCACAGUCUGCGCCCACCUUGAGAGCGCAGACAAACGGCCCGGCCACAACUCAGGAUCGUCCGUCCAUUGUUUCGCGCGCCACGACAUCUCUUCGCUCUACUCCGACACAAGACAAUCGGCCUGCUGGGAUGGUCAAAGCAAAGAGCUCGGGCGGAGGUGCAAUCAAUUGGGCAGACGCAACAGAUUCGCCCCUCAUGGCAAGAUCGAAAAGUGCAAUCAACUCGAACGCGAGAAUCCAAGUUGGACAGGAUGCCGUCUUCACUACGACGAGACCACGAUCACGCAUGUCCACUGCAUCCUCAUCCGGUGGUAUCGGCGGCAGCGAGUCCGCUCGCUCCUCGCCAAUCGUAAAUAGAACGCCCGCGACCGUCUUUGUGCCAUCUGCAGGCACCCCCACUGUACUGCUACCGCUGAGCUCACCUACGAGACGUACUGCCUUUUCCCCAUCAGCCAGCGCCGAGACCCUUCUGCCAGCCCUGCCAAUAUCUGGUGCGUCACUUGAGAAUGAUAUGAACGGAGCCUCCGACGAGCUCGAGGCUUGGAAAGCCAAACUCAAUGAAGAAGCAGACGCCAGGGAGCGAGAGCGAGAAGCUCGCGUCCAUCGAAAGAUUCUGGAUUUGGAGAUCACAAACGCUUCGUUGCUCGCCAUCAACGCCUCGCUGGAGACUGCCAAGCUCAAGCAAUCAUCUGAGAUUCGCAAUUUACGCAGACUCAAUAGCGACUUUGCACUCGAUCCGAGCGUACUCGCUUCUGCCGGCCUGCUCUCGCCGGGUCGUCACGCUCAACAUGACGACUUCUCCUCGCACGCUGCGCUAGCAGCUGAUGAGCCAGGACAAAGUGACGAAGAGCAAGAUCUCGAGACAGUCAUGGCACAAGACCAUGCUUAUGCUGCCAUCGUCGUCAAACUCGAUAUGCUGCUGCGCUCAGGCAGAGAUGCGCUGGCCAAGUCGGCAGAAGCGGGUGGUAACAAAGUGCUGACGGCGCUCGAGAUUGAUACUUCGAUCGACGACGGAACUCCUGAUCUUUCGUAUAGGCAGCAGUCCUUGUCUGUGGACCCAGAUGAGAGCACCACGAGUCAUUCAGCUUCUCCGGACGUCGGGCUGUUCAGGAACCGAGUAUCUGUCCGCUUCAAUGUGAGCACUCAGACCGACGAUGCGGACUGGGCACAGUCGUCGCCAUCUUCACCGAGCGAGACACAUCCAGCCGAUUAUACUGGCAAGUCGUUUCUCUUUAAUGCAAUUGCAGACGUAUGAGUAUUUCUGGCUGUUGUAAUCAACAACAUCUGUACUGGACUUCAUGCCAAGUACUGCUGCGCUUUGAGCCACUCUUUGACAUCUCCGCGAUCUCUGCUCAGCCAUGCCGCCUUUGCUCGUACCGAGUCUAGCCCCUGCUUGAGGGCUUGAUGAUAGGCAGCGGUAUCUUUCUCCUUGAAGAAAGCUUCGACCGCGUCCGCAUCUUUUGUCGUCGACAGUCCUUCGAAAGCGUAGCCAAUGAUGCGACCAAGCUGGAAGCCGCCGUCGAAUCGACGGUAAAUCAGAUCGUAAUUCUCUUGCAGCCAUGUCCAAACCA